CGUUCCUGGUAUAUCAUUGACACAAUGCGUAUCCCUUACAUUCCCGAGCCGCCAAACUUCACGUCCGAAGAGGACAAGGCAGUUGAGCAACGAGUCAGGGAAAGACGGAGCGAGAAGGGACUGCUUGCUUUGGAUCGAGCAUUGCUUCAUUCUACCCCAGUUGCCGAUGGAUGGAACUCAUUCCUCGGCGCCAUUCGCACAAAGACCAGCCUGUCCACUUCGAUCCGCGAGACGCUCAUGUGCCGCGUUGCCGUCUUGAACCGGGCAUGGUAUGAAUGGGAGGCACACUCCCCAAUACUUUUAUCAGCACCAGACGUCACGCCAGAGCAAGUGCAAGCAGUGCUGCGCUCGCCACCUCGUGCACCACAAACAGAUAUUCUUGGUUCUACGUUAGCUAAGCUGAUAGCGUACACUGAUGCCAUGACGCUCGACGUGCAAGUGCCUGAUGCCGUGUUUGCAGACUUGAAGGAGAUAUUUGAGGUGCAGCAGAUUGUUGAGAUCACCGCCACAAUAUCAGCGUACAACUGCGUCAGCCGCUUCCUUGUUGCCUUGGAUGUGGGCGAGAGAAAUGCGCAGACGGGUCCCAAAGAAGGUGCACAGGUGUGAGUGCAAAUAUACAUGUUAUUUGAUAUGC